AUGACUGAUGUUAAGGAAACUUCGUGUAGGCUUUGCCUUAAAAAGAUAACCGAUAAAAGUUUUAAAAUGAUAGACACCAUUAUCAGAUACAUUCUAGAUGUUCUUUUGCUGAAAUUGAAAUUUGAUAGCGAGAGCAAAGAGGUUAUAUGUAACAUUUGCAGAAGAAAGUUAAAUACGGCAUCAGAAUUUAAGUCGGCUUGUCUGAAUACCGAUAACACAAUUAUUCCUUAUGUGGAUAGCGAAAAAAUGUUACAGCUCGACUUGAGAGAAGUGUACAUGCAGGAAAAGAAAAGUGAGUUAGUUGAUAUUUCUUGCAGUCAAAAUAUAUGUCGAUUGUGUAUGCACCCGGUAGAAAGUGAGUUUAGGUGUAUAUGUGAAGAGGAACUUGAAGCUAUUGAGAAAUUAGCUCCUGAAAUGAUUAUAAACAUCGUCAAAGAUCCCAUUGUAUGUAAGCCGUGUUUUGAAUCUUUGUGCACUCAUAACAGUUUCCUAAAAGAUUGCUUGGAGGUAGAGGAAAAAAUUAAAAGUAUUUUUGACUGUUCAGCCACAGAAUGUCAAAUAGAUAUGUCACCACCUGAUUUAUUGGUUAAGACUGAAAACUUGGACAAAGAAUUCGAUAUUAGCGAGAUGGAAAUGUCGAUCAAAGCUGAAUGUGUCGACAUAAAAUCGGAAGAUGAGGAAGGAAGCGACACACCACUACAGAGCUCCAAUUUUGUACCAUUCGAGGAGGGUGUCUGUAAAGAUGGAGAAGAGGAACAGCCGAUUUAUAAAUGCAAAGUUUGCAACUACACAUCAAAGAAAAAGAUACUUCUUAGCAGUCAUCAGUUGGUACAUAAGGAUCCCUCACAGAACAACAGUGCUACCGAUGACUCUGUUAUAUGCGGACCAUGUUUUGAUUCCCUUCAUACUCAUGGCAGUUUUUUAAAGAGCUGUCUUGAGGCACAGGAAAAAUAUAAAAGUGCUUACGGGCAGCCUUAUAUUAAAUCUAAGGAAUUUGAAAUAAAACUGGAAGAUGGUCAGGAUGUGCAGGAGACAUAUAAAAUCAUUAACAAACAGACUUCUCUUAAAUCUGAAAAGAUUGAAAUAAAACUGGAAAAAGAUGGUCAAGAUGAACAAAAGGAAUGCAAGAAUGUUUAUAUUAAAUCCGAAGAGAUUGAAAUAAAAGUAGAGGAAGGCGGUCAGGACGGGUGCGAUUCCUGUUCAUGUAACUUAAAUAAAGAAACAGUUGAAAUUGAAAAGAGACACCUUUCAAAGGACGUGGGAGAAAUAAAGAGUGAAUGUAAAUGUGAAACGGGAUUUAAUGAAAGCCUUACGACAUCCUUGUCGGUUAACAACAUCCAAAAACCCAAUACCGAAAAGUUUACAUUUCAGAAUUGUGACCCUUCAUCAGAUACACAGUUGUACCAAUGUGAUAAAUGCAAAUAUAAAACAAAACUUAAGGCGAGCUUGAAGAGGCAUCAGAUUACACACAAAGACUUUUCAGAAGUGCCAAUUUACUUGUGCGAUAAGUGCCCGUUCAGGACAAAGUAUAAGUUUCUUCUCAAAACCCACCAAUUAAAUCAUGAAAACCCUUCGGGAAUCCUAACGUACAAAUGCGAUAUUUGUACUUAUGAAACUAAAUACACUAGUCAUUUGAAAAGGCAUCAGUUGUUGCAUAUAAACUCUUUGGAAAUCGAAAUGUACAAGUGUGAUACAUGUGUUUAUAAAACUAAAUAUAAGAAUCACCUAAAAGUACAUCAAUUAACGCACAAAGACGCGUCGGAAAUCCAAAUGUACACCUGUGGUACGUGUAGUUUUGAAACUAAGUAUAAAGUUGUUCUAAACAGGCAUCGGUUAAAGCACAAAAGUGUUUCAGAAAUUCAAAUGUACAAGUGUGAUACUUGUACGUAUGAAACUAAAUAUAAGAGUCAUCUAAAAGUGCAUCAGUUAUCACACAAGGAUUCUUCGGAAAUUCAAAUGUACAAGUGUGAUGUUUGUCGUUUUGGAACUAAGUUUAGAAGCAAUCUGAAGUCACACCAAUUGAAACACAAAGAAUUUGCACAUGUCGAAAUGAACAACCAUCAACUAAUUAAGAACCCUGCCGCAAUACAAAUGUGGGAAAGUGAUACACACGGUGAUAUUGGUGAUAAAUGCCAUCUUGCAUGUCAUCUGUCAAUACAUAAACGUUCAAACAUCCAAGUAUUCAAGUGUAACGAGUGCGUUUUUGAGACCAAACAUAAACAGAACUUAAAGAUUCACAUGUUCAAACACCAGGAUCCGUUGACAGUGCAACUGUACAAGUGUGAUAAAUGUGUUUUCCAGACAAAGCACAAACGCAAUCUCAUUAGACACCAGUCAGUACACAAAAAUCUUUUGGGACUUUUGUGGUUACGGGAAUUAUUUGUAGGUUAUGGUUACGCAGAAAAUUUGUUUUGUCUUGAUUGCUUUGUAGAGAAAAUGCAACCAGUAAACAUUAAAAAAAUGUGCAGACUGUGUCUAAAUAUAAUAAACUAUACAAAUUGCGAAGUAAUAGGAGAAAUGAUAAGAGAGGUUCUAGAAGUUGUUUUGCCGAAUCUAAACUUGGAGGAGCGAGAUAGACAUGUAAUGUGUAUAGCAUGUUCCAUAAAAUUGUCCGCCGUUUUUAAUUUUAAGUCGACAUGUAUGGAUACUGAAGAUAUUAUUUCUUCAUAUGUUAAUUCCGGUGCAGUAUCAGUGGUUGAUUUAAAAGAGGUUUAUCUAAAAGAAAAAGGCAAUAUUCAGUUAACUGAUAUAUCGGAAAAUCAGAAAAUUUGUCGUUUAUGUAUUCAGUUGUUAACAUGUGGAUUUGUGUCACUAAAUGAAGUGGGCGGUGACAUAAUUGAUGAGUUUAUGCCACAACUCAAAAUAAAUGCUACUAGGGACCCUGUUGUAUGUCAAUCAUGCUUUGAUUCACUUCGUACUCAUGGUAGUUUUAUAAAGAACUGCCUUGAUGCACAGGAAAAAUAUAAAAAUAUCGAUAAACAGUCUCAUAUUAAAACUGAAGAGAUUGAAGUAAAACUGGAACCGGAAUAUUUCCCAGACCAUCGUCGAGAUGUGCAGGAGAUAUAUAAAAGUGCCGAUAAAGAGUCUGAAGAUACAAAAAUAAAACUGGAAGAUGGUCAAUAUACGCAUGAGAAAUAUGAAAGUGGUGAUAAGCAGUCUCCUAUUAAAUUUGAAGAAAUUGAAAUAAAAGUAGAAGACGAUCAGGAUGGUAAUUCACCUUUAUACGACUUAGAUGAUGAAACAAUUGCAAAUGGAAAAGAUGUGGGAGAAAUAAAGAGUGAACAUAUGUAUGAAUGCGAGGCAGGAUUUAAUGAAAACUGUAGGGUGUCGAUGCAGGUUCGCAAUAUCCAAACAUGCAAUAGCAAAAAGUCCAAAUUUCAAAAGUGUGAACCUUCAUUAGACAUGCAAUUCCACCAAUGUGACAAAUGCAAAUAUGAAACUAAGAUUGAAACGGACCUGAAAACACAUCAGUUGAUACACGAAGAACCUUCAAAAAUCCAAAUGUACAAGUGUGAUAUGUGUAAUUUUGAAACUAAACGUAAGAGUAAUCUGAAAGGGCAUCAGUUAGCACACAAGGAUUCUUCAGAAAUCCACAUGUACAAGUGUGAUACUUGCGCUUAUGAAACUAAAUAUAAGAGUCAUCUAAAAGUGCAUCAGAUACAGCACAAAGACCUCUUGGAAGUUCGAAUGUACAAGUGCGAUACUUGUGGUUUUGAAACUAAAUAUAAAAAUUGUAUAAAAAGCCAUCAGUUGAAGCACAAAGACUCUUCAGAAAUCGAAAUGUACACGUGCGAUACGUGUGCUUACAAAACUAAAUACAAGAGUGUUCUAAACAGGCAUCGGUUAAUGCACAAAGACCCCUCGGAAAUCCAAAUGUACACUUGUGAUACCUGCCCCUAUGAAACUAAAUAUAAGAGUAUUUUAAACAGGCAUCAACUAAUGCACAAAAAUGUUACAGAAAUCCAAAUGUACAAAUGCGAUGCCUGCCCCUAUGAAACUAAAUAUAAGAGUAUUUUAAACAGGCAUCAACUAAUGCACAAAAAUGUUACAGAAAUCCAAAUGUACAAAUGCGAUGCCUGCCCGUAUGAAACUAAACAGAUGAGAUAUCUAAAAGAUCAUCAGUUAAAGCACAAAGAUCCCUCGGAAGUCCAAAUGUACAAGUGUGAUGCCUGUAGUUUUGAAACUAAACGUAAAAGACUUCUAAAGUCACAUCAGUUAAUGCACAAAGAUCUUUCUGAAAUCCACAUGUACAAAUGUGAUAUUUGUACCUACAGAACUAAAUAUAAAAGUGGUCUAAAUAAGCAUCAGCUAAUACACAAAGACACUUCGGAAAUUGUAGGAGUGUGACAUUCAGUUAUGAAUUGAAAUGUUGCAAUUGAAAAAGUACCAGUUAAUACAUGACACCCCUGCCACGACAUGAUUGUGGAAAUAUCCAUCAGUACAUAACCAAAUAUUAUUUUAUUUAUUUAUUUUAAAAAUAUAUAUGUUAAACACACCCAGAUAAAUGUGACAACUGUGUUUUUUAAUUGAGUUAUAAACACAAUCACUUUUUUGAACUGUGUGUAAGUGUGCAAAUGGUUAUAGCGAGUAUUUUUUUUAAUCUGUCAUUUAAGCAUGAAGUUAAAGAUUUUAUUGCAGAGUGUUAAAUAACCAGACGAUCUCUAAUGUAAUGUUCUUAAGGCUAUUUUAAUGUUUUUUAUACUGUCACUCGAGUAAAUUUUGAAAUAAUGGUAGAUGCAUUUGUAUAAGUUAGUAAGUGUAAUAGUGUACUUUUCAGCUAUUAUUUUCUGUAUUGUAUUAUUUUUUAUAACUAAUGUGGUUGAGGUUAGUAGCAGUUUUUCUCUAAAAUUUCACCAGAAUAAAGGUGUUUACUAAUAUUACUAUUAUUAUUAAACAUACACAUGAACAAUAGAAAGGAAAGCACAUAAAUACUUUACAUGUUUGUGUACACAGGCACCAAUGGCCUUUGACCAAAUUUAUAAACAAGUAUGUCUGAUAUAACGAAAUUUACAUGUCGUUUGCAAUGAGAAAAACAAGGAGAAAAAAAAUUAUCCUAGUUUUUAAUCUAAUUUCCAUGCAGAAUGUCGGCGAGUCGGCAAUAAAAUUAUAGGUCCAACACCUGAUAACAAAAUUGUUAUUCUGCAUUUACAAAAUAAAGGUAAUCAAUCUAUCGGAAUUUACGUAAUUUAGAAUAAAAAAAUUGGGAAGCUAAUUCUUAAUAUUUAUUCGAUUUAAAUAAAAGAUACUUCUGAAUGGUGGAAAUUGUUCAACCGAAAGAUAUUUAACAUUUUGCUCAUGUAAAAAAUAUACAAAGUAAAACAAUAAUUUCAUAAGUGACAUUAUAAAUGACAAAAACAAAACUAAAUUGAAUUUUCGCUUUUUAUUUACAAGAGCAAUUGUCAAGACGAGAAUAUCCCAUAUUUAUUCUUUAUUUAAAAACUCCAGAACAAAAAUUGUCAAUAAUAAGCGCAUCAAUAUUAGAA